CCAUCUCGCUCACCCUUAUUACAUAUUUAGUGAAGAGGUUCUAGUCUCGCGAGGCCGCCGGGUGGCGGCGCGCCAGUACGCCCAAGAUGGCCACGUUGGAUCAAUGAAACGCGAGUAAUCGUAGUGAAAACACAAAUUGACAAGUGUGCGGGCGAACAUCGCGGCUCGAUCGCGGUGUAAAUGGACCAUGGGCAAGGACCAGGAGCUGCUCGAAGCAGCAAGGAGCGGCAACGUCACCGUGGUCGAGAAGAUCCUCGGCCAGCGAGCCAAGAGGAGUGGUCCACUGGCAAGUUUACGUCGGGGACCAGGUGCUAACGUGCAAGAUGCCAGUGGAUAUUCAGCUCUUCAUCAUGCAGCCCUGAAUGGACAUAGAGAUGUGGUCAAAUUACUGCUCCAAUAUGAGGCUUCCACCAAUGUCGUCGAUGCUAAGGGUUCCUCACCGCUUCAUUUAGCAGCUUGGGCUGGGGAUGCGGAAAUUGUACGAUUAAUUCUCAACCAAGGUCCAUCGGUACCAAAAGUGAAUCUUGCGACAAAGGAUAACGAAACUGCAUUGCAUUGUGCCGCACAAUACGGACACACGGAAGUGGUGGCACAGCUGUUGCAAUACGGAUGCGACCCUAGUAUCCGCAACAGCCGUGGAGAAUCCGCGCUCGACCUCGCUGCGCAAUAUGGCAGAUUAGAAACAGUGGAGUUGCUUGUGCGAACGCAUCCUGAAUUAAUCGAAUCACUCCGUAAUUCUUCGUCAUCUUUGAUCUUCCCGCAUACACCAUUGCAUCUAGCUUCUCGCAAUGGUCACAGAGCGGUCGUGGAAGUUCUUCUUGCCGCUGGAGUUGACGUCAAUACAAGAACGUCAGCUGGCACUGCGAUGCACGAAGCUGCACUUUGUGGCAAGAUGGAAGUAGUACGGGCUCUUUUAGAUCGCGGAGUGGAUUUGGGCAUUAGGAAUUCUCGGCAAUAUACGGUGCUUGAUCUUCUGGGACAGUUUCCGGCACACGUCACUCAAGAUAUUACAGCAGUGAUAAAAAGGCAUCGGUCUUCCUCCGGUAUAGAGAGCGAUGUUGAUAACGAGAACUUGCCACCAAUUCCGGUGCAGGGUAGCGAUUCAUUGGGCAGCCCUUAUGAAAAUGUUCGUCCGGAGGAUGAUCUUUCCCCCGUGGAAGGGACAUCGCCUACUCAAUGGCAGUUCUAUCAUAAACCUCGGGACGACGAUCGUCGUGUUUCCGGCACUUCCGUCAUGUCCUUUGAAGACGAGCAGAAUGGGGAACCGGUGAACGGAAUACGGAGGGCCCUCCAGCAGACAGAGGACUCCGACCCCAGUUCCGUCUUCGACAGCGUCUUUAUGUCCUUAUCCGACACUCUCAACUCUAUAAAUACUCUCGAAAGUUCCGACCAAACUCCUGAAGAUAUACCACAAAACAUUACCAAAAGAACACCAUUACCACCCGACACUACACGGGGUUCCGACAACGGACUGUACCAAACUCCACCCGUGCCACGCGGCACAAUGGAGGGUAGCUUCGUGUCGGAGGAUCUGUCCUUGACAUUGCCCACGGGAUACGGGGGCGGCAGAGAGUCCGACCAAUUGAGCGUGUCGUCAUCCUCGAGCGUCGGCGGACCGAGCCCACGGGACCGUCGUUGUUUGCCUAACGAUUCCAGUGCUGCCGGGAUUUACUUGCCAAUGGCACCCUUGUCCAGCUCGCUUCACAGCCCCGCUUCCAACAAUAAAGUCUCGCCGACACCGCCCAAGAAGCCACCUAGACGAAAUCUCUCGGUAUCCCCGACGCAUUUGCAAACGCAGAUGUCUUUAUCAGCCGACAGUUCGGUAGGGCCGAGCAAUUACGAGUACUUGUUUUUGGCGCGCAGUGGUGCGCGAAGUCACAUCGAUCUCGAGCAGCUGCAGAAACGGCGCGAUCAGCUGCGACACGUCACACGAAGCGUGGAUCAGUACGUGGAGAUGAAGUCGCGGCUAGUCGGAACUGACGAGAAACGCGAGUCCAACGUGGAGCCGGUAGCCAUAACGUCUAUCUACGAGAACCGGCCAGUCAAGAUGCUGAAUCCGCGAAGAAAAUUACGCAGACACGCGUAUGAGAAUUAUGAGCCGGAGAACAAUUCAUGCGCCGACAAAUCGCCCUGCAGUGACGGCGACGCGAUGAUUCAGGAGCAAACGUUCGUGUCGAGCGCGUUUCUCACCUUGAAAUCUUCUCAGGAGAGUCUUCUCGAUGAGAAGCGCGAGAUAACGGAUGGGCAAUCCGCUUCGGAGAAUCGCGAGGCUACCGACAAACGUCUCAAACGCGUGCAAAUGAUGCUGCCAACCAGUCCCACUCAUUACGUUCAGCCGCCUACCCCUGAUCAUCCACCGCCGUCCGCUAUGCAAGCGGAAAAAUCCAUCCAUGAGCGCAUUCGUCCGCUCAGUCAGGUGUACAAGCGAAGAUCCCGCGACAUGGAAACGGAAACGGACGAAGAUCUGCUGCAAUUUCCCACCGGUGGAUCACUCAACGCGUCCAGCGGUUCGUUGUCCAGCGUGUCGCUAUCUGACAAGAGCAUGUCCACGGACAAUGUCGAGGAAUACUUUGGCGACGUGCCGUUCGCAGGUUUGUUAAAGGGCUCCGUCAUAGCUGAACGACCGCGUACUUUGCGCCGCCUGCGGAACGUCUACGGUCAGACCGCAUGCGGGAUGGGUACCGGCGGCGACGGGGAUGGGGAUCGUCUGGAGGACGGCGAGGUCGCUUUUCGGCUUACCGGCGAUCGAGAUCGCGACAGAGACGAGAAGUCUCUCAGCAUAAUGAGUCCUUUCGACGAACAGGAGGAAUGGGCGAAGAUCUCGGAGAUCAUGGCGUCAUUCGGAACUGGUAUUGUACGAGAAUCGGUGUUUGUCAGCGAGCUCGAGAAAGAAUUCCAAACGAGGCUAGGUUUAAGUUCAAACACUAGCAGUCCUAUCGUUUCUACUUCCGUGGGUCAGUGGCUGUCCAGUUUGGGUUUGGCAGAUUACGAGUCUAAGUUUAUCAAGCACGGUUUCGAUGAUCUCGAGUUUAUAAACGGGGUGUUGGACGAGUCAGAUUUGUACGACAUGAAGAUCACCAGCGAUCACGAACGUGCGGUGAUCAUGGACGCGGUCAGUUUACUGAACAAACGAGUGGAAAAGCGUAGCAGUCACGGUCAAUCAGUAGAGGAGUGGCUAAAGAGUAUUCACAUGGAAAAUUAUGCAGAAACAUUCAGGAAGCAUCUGUAUACCGACAUGGAUCGGGUCAAACGGAUUUGGGAGGUCGAGCUGGCAGCAGUCUUGGAGAUCCACAAGCCGGCGCAUCGCAAACGCAUCCUUGCGUCCGUGAGUGGUCCAAAUAGUGCACGCGCACAGACUCGAAACGGCACGGGAGCGAAUUUGGAAGAUUUGAAUAAGGAUCUCAACACGUUGAAGACGAACAUACAGCAGCUGAAGGAGGAGAUACGGGAAAAAUUGCCCGAAGCAACGACGGAGGGUAACGGAGGCACGUCGAUAACCAGUGGCACGAAUUCGGCGGCCAUGGGCACAUUAAGGCACCGCAAAAACAGGCCGGCGCCUCAGCCACCCCAGCGACCCAGUUCGCAUAAUGGGACGAUUUCGGCGCCGGAACAGCUCGAGAUCAGGGCUCCGUCCGAGCUGCUCUUCGGAGUGCCCUCCACCCUCAAGACGCAAUGGAGGCAUCAGCCGGAAACUCUAGUCACUGGCUGCGUCACGUACGUCGCUAACUAUUUGGGCUCCACUGUCGUCAAGGAAUUACGCGGCACCGAGUCGACAAAAAAGUCGAUACAAAAGCUGAAGAAGACCUUUCGUGAACCUAGAAUCAUCCCUGACAUUAUGCUGGCGAUCUCUUAUCGUGGCGUUCGUUUUCUCAACACGUUAACUAACGAACCAAUUUGUGAGCACGAGAUCCGUAACAUUCAUUGUGCUUGCCAAGACGCGGACGAUCUUACUCAUUUCGCAUACAUCACCAAGGAUCAUGCCAGUCGCACGCAUUUCUGUCAUGUAUUUUGCGUGCCAACAAUGGAUCAAGCGACAGAGAUCAUUCUGACUCUGGGUCAGGCUUUCGAGGUAGCUUAUCAAAUGGCAUUGAGGGACAAGCACGGUGGCCACGCUGUUCGAUCCCAAUCCGCCAAUCAACUAGCAACGCUCGCUGGAUCGUCAAAGUCAACGACGCCCGCCAAAAUGUCCGUGUCCCCCGAUUCCGCAUCCGAUCCCACAAGUCGAGACACGGAUCAUGCGUUGACUCUCAAUUCCACAUCGUGCGCGAAUCCCAAGAUGAAAUCGAGAUCGAAGUCCAUACCCAAUCCGAAUCUCCAUACCGUUAAUCCAAAUCCGACGCAGGACAGUAACUCCAACUCCAGUUCCAGCUCGACGACGACCACUGCGAACUGCAAUCCCAGCUCGAAUUCCGCCUCGAGCCCGAGCACGAACUCGAUCACCAGCUCUAACUUGAACAGCACCACUAAUCAGACCACUAAGCCCUUGGUCACCCACGGCCGUUCUCAUUCCGUCAACGACAUCAAGGUAAACGGUAAUCAAUUGAAGUUAGCACCGGCGCCGGUGGAUGACAUCGGUAUCGGGGUGAAAGACAUGAAGCCCGGCUCCAGAGCUCCCAUUGCGCUUUCCGAGGAGCUGUAAGCUGUAUUUCGAAGUUAAAAUGCAUGAUAUCGUUCUACAUAA